AUGUCUGCUAAUCUCGAGGUACUUGACAAGGAAGCGCAGGUGCUGCGCGCUGCUGUCAACGACAACCAAGUUGAUGAGGCCUCUAGGAUUCUCAACAAGCUCAAGUUGGCACUCACGACGCUACCAGCGCUGCCUCCCUGCGGUAUCGAUUCCCCUACCACAAAACAGGAGCUUCUACUUGCACGUCACGUACUGGAAAGCGCUACAUUACUGAGCAUCCUCCGCGAGGAUAUGACAGCAUUUGAGCGCAAUAUGCUUCAGCUUAAGGUCUACUAUAAUAGUGGGCUGGAGCCAUCUCCGCUGCACUAUCCAAUCCUUGGCACGCGAUUGCUGCAGCUGCUUGUAGAGAACCGUAUGGCCGAGUUUCACAAUGAACUUGAACUACUACCUGAGCAGAGCCGUCAGGACCCGAACAUCGCUUUUGCCGUCAAGCUUGAGCAAUAUUUGAUGGAAGGCACUUAUAACAAGGUGCUUGAAGCGCGUACCAACGUUCCCAAUCCUUACUUUCCCUUCUUCCUCUCGCAGUUACUACAGACUGUACGCGAGAACAUUGCUGAAUGUGCCGAGGUAGCAUACCAGUGUCUCUCACUCGUUGAUGCGCAAAAGAUGCUUAUUUUCGACUCAGCUGCUGAGCUUAGUCAGUACAUACAAGACGAAAAGCCCGAGUGGGUCGUACGCGAGAACCGUGUAUGGUUUAAAGCGCCUGAAAAGUCUCUUGGUGCCUCAGACAUUCCAUCGUUGAGACUCGUGGGCGAGACGCUGGCAUACGCGACGGAACUAGACCGCAUCGUUUGA